GCUUACGUUUUCAAAGCAAUGAUGGAGAGAGAAGAGCCGCUGCUAGUGUCGUCUGAAAGUGGGGCGAGUUGCUGCAGCAGAAUACGCGAGUGAAGAAGAACUGAGCCCCGUUAGCCUCUCCAUCCCGCUCGGUCUUCAUUCACCGCCUCCAGGACGUGAAUCGGGGAGCCAGAUGCGGUAAGCAGGCGGGUGCCACCCUGGAUCUGUAACUGUGAAGUCUCUGCUGUGGAAGAUGGUAAACAAAGACAUGAAUGGAUUCCCGGUCAAGAAAUGCUCAGCCUUCCAGUUUUUUAAGAAGCGGGUACGAAGAUGGAUCAAGAGCCCCAUGGUCAGUGUGGACAAGCAUCAGAGCCCCAACUUGAAGUACACUGGCCCUUCUGGGGUGCACCUUCCUCACGGGGAGCCAGACUUUGAGUCUGCUCUGUGUCAGUCAUGCCUGGGUGACCACGCUUUCCAAAGGGGGAUGGUCCCUCCGGAAGAACCCUGUUCCUGGGAAAUCCAACCUGGGUGUGAAGUGAAAGAACCGUGUAACCAUGCCAACAUCCUGACCAAGCCAGAUCCAAGAACCUUCUGGACUAAUGAUGAUUCAGCUUUCAUGAAACAGAGAAGGAUGGGCCUGAACGAUUUUAUUCAGAAGAUUGCCAACAACUCCUAUGCAUGCAAACACCCUGAGGUGCAGUCCAUUUUGAAAAUCUCCCAGCCUCAGGAGCCCGAGCUUAUGAACGCCAACCCCUCUCCUCCGCCGAGUCCUUCUCAGCAAAUCAACCUCGGUCCAUCCUCCAACCCACAUGCCAAGCCGUCUGACUUUCACUUCUUGAAAGUGAUUGGAAAGGGCAGUUUUGGAAAGGUUCUGCUUGCAAGACACAAGGCAGAGGAAGCCUUCUAUGCAGUCAAAGUUUUACAGAAGAAAGCUAUCCUGAAAAAGAAGGAGGAGAAGCACAUUAUGUCAGAGAGAAAUGUUCUACUGAAGAAUGUGAAGCACCCUUUCCUGGUGGGCCUUCACUUCUCUUUCCAGACUGCCGACAAGCUGUACUUUGUCCUCGACUACAUUAACGGUGGAGAGCUGUUCUACCAUCUCCAGAGGGAGCGCUGCUUCCUAGAACCGCGGGCUCGCUUCUACGCUGCUGAAAUAGCUAGUGCCUUGGGUUAUCUGCACUCCCUGAACAUCGUAUAUAGAGACUUAAAACCGGAGAAUAUCCUCCUGGACUCACAGGGACACAUUGUCCUCACCGACUUUGGCCUCUGCAAGGAGAACAUUGAGCCCAACGGCACGACGUCCACCUUCUGUGGCACACCUGAGUAUCUGGCACCGGAGGUGCUCCACAAGCAGCCGUACGACAGGACAGUGGACUGGUGGUGCCUCGGGGCUGUCCUGUACGAGAUGCUCUAUGGCCUGCCUCCGUUUUACAGCCGGAACACAGCUGAGAUGUACGACAAUAUUCUGAACAAGCCCCUCCAGUUGAAACCAAAUAUCACAAACUCAGCAAGGCACCUCCUGGAGGGCCUCCUGCAGAAGGACCGGACAAAGAGGCUGGGCGCCAAGGAUGACUUUAUGGAGAUUAAGAAUCAUAUUUUCUUCUCUCUAAUUAACUGGGAUGAUCUCAUUAAUAAGAAGAUUACACCCCCAUUUAACCCAAAUGUGAGUGGACCCAGUGACCUUCGGCACUUUGAUCCUGAGUUUACUGAAGAGCCUGUCCCCAGCUCCAUCGGCAGGUCCCCUGACAGCAUACUUGUCACGGCCAGCGUGAAGGAGGCUGCAGAGGCCUUCCUGGGCUUCUCCUAUGCGCCUCCCAUGGACUCUUUCCUCUGAGCGCUCGUGGGAUUCCCUUAGUGUUUUCUAAAGUGUUUGGGUUAGCCUUUGGUGGGGUUGCCAGCUGACAGCACUUCCGAAGAGAGAAUUUGCACACCUGGAAGCUGGGCAGCCCCAGUGCACACUGCUUGAUGGACGCUUUCCGAAGAGCACAGCCUCCUCUCAGUGAGCUUGUGAGGUUUCCAUUUUCUUCCUUCCUUCCAACGUGGUGCUAGCUCUAACGGAGCAUCAGAGGGCCGCCUUAGACAGACACCUCGGGCCCGUUAGGAGGAAGAUGCAGGUCUGAGAGGGAUCUCUGCAGGUCUGUCUGAGCUGUGAUCGUGAAUAUUCUGCAACGUGCCUUUUCUGAGAUCGUGUUAGCUCCAAAGCUUUUCCCAUCAUCGCAGAGUGUUCAGUUCUAUUUGUUGUUUUUUUUUUUUUUUGUGUGUGUGUGUGUGUGUGGUGUGAGUGUGCUGAGCCCAAUCACAGAUGGUUUUGUUGUAAGCAUCAAUGUGACACUUGCAGGACGCUACAAUGUGGGACAUUGUUUGUUUCUUCCAUAUUUGGAAGAUAAAAUUUACGUGUAGACUGUUCUUUGUAAGAUAUAGUUAAUAACUAAAAUCUCUUGACACGGUCUUGCGAUGACAGGCAUCCAGAUGCUUAAUGAAAGCAUUGCUGCUACAGAUAUUUCUAUUUUCAGAAAGGGUUUUUAUGGACCAAUGCCCCAGUUGUCAGUCAAAGCCGCUGGUGUUUUCAUUGUUUAAAAUGUCACCUGUAAAAUGGGCAUUAUUUAUGUUUUUGUUUCCUUUUGCAUUCCUGAUUAUGUAUUAUGUAAAGACAGUCUGUACAUUGAGUUACGACACUAGUAUAUUUAAAACUUACAGGCUUAUUUGUAAACCAUCAUUUUAAUGUACUGUAAUUAACAUGGUUAUAAUAUGUAUAAUUCCUUCUCCUUACCACACAACUUUUUUUGUGUGCGAUAAACCAAUUUUGGUUUGCAAUAAAAAUCUUGAAAAACAUUUGCAUAAA